UUAUCAAAUUUGUUUUUGUGUUUUUUUUUGCAGCAUGAUUUUAGUUUAAUGAAUACGAAAGCCUUUGCGAACCUAAAAGGCUCUGGCGGUAACAUAUGGGAAGUCUUUGAAGUUUUAGAUGAUGCCCGACGUGCUAUUUUCAGAAAUACCGUCUUUGGCUAUUUUAUUGAUGUCCCUCGUUUACAAGGGGACGCUUUAUUGUUUCAUAAAAUGUUCCUUCAUCAGAUCCGGCCAGACCCUGUUUUAUCUCCAGAUGGAAUAAAACGUUUAUAUUUUCAAGUAGGCAAUACCAAAAUGGUUUAUGGGCCGGAAGAGUUUUGUUUGAUUACCGGCUUCAAUUUUGGGGAGUAUCCAAAAAACAUUGGGAGAAAAGGGUCGGAAAAAUUAAUAAGCAGUAAAAAAAGAUGUUUACUGAGUGAACGGCUAUUUCCGGACCAUACUAAUAGUUCGGUGAAAAUCGGCGACCUGAAAAGUUUAAUUUUAAAUCAAACAUUCCUAGCACUUGACGACCUUGAUGCAGUUAGAGUAUGUUUGAUAUACAUUUUGUGUGAAGGUUUUUUGGGCAAAGAAGUUAACGAUCGGGUGCCACAAGAUUGGUUUUAUUUGGCUGAGAAUUUGGAUCUCUGGAAUAGCUUCGCUUGGGGUAGCUAUCUAUGGGAUUUUACUUAUGUUGACCUUGAGGAUACGUGGAAUAAGAUACAUCAUUAUUUAUCACUUCCUGAGCGUGGUCAAACUUUAAAGUAUUCCGUCUCAGGAUUUACGGCUCCAAUUAGGGUAUAAAAAUUUUAUUAUAUUUAAAUUGUUUUAUUGUUAUAUUUUUUAUUUUAAUUUUAACUUUUAUUACUGUUAUUGUACAAAAUUGUAGAUAUGGAUAUAUGAGAUGAUUCCGGCUGUUCGUGCAUGUGGAUUUGCAUUGAGAAAAAAUAAAGACUUGCCUCGGAUGAAAAGAUAGAGCGGAACAAAAAAAUUGAAAUGGGUUGACGUGAACAAGAUUUGGUCAAAGAUGCAGGUUUAAAAAUAUUUCGUUUAUUAUUAAUAAAGUUGAUUAUUAUAGUUUUAUAUGCAUUUUUAAUAUGUUUAAUUUUUUAGGAGGGGCUACCACCAAGACAAAACAUGUUACCGGGUGAUGGUGAGAUGACAUCUUUUUAU